CGGGAGGAGGCGGAGGUGCACGGAGGAAGAUGGGGGGGGUCACCUUCCACCCGCCACGGCUGCCUCGUGAGCUUGCAGUUCGGUACGUGCUGAUCCACCGCCGUGAGCAAGACAGGGGCACCCGCACGGAGCUGCUCGGUCCCGGCAGCGGCGGCUUCCCUGAGCGCUGGCGGAGCUGCGGCUGUCCGGGAGCAGCAGCGGCGGCGGCGGCAGCAGCGUGGCGAGCGGCGCCGCCUGCUCCUCACUCACAUCCUCGCCGCUACUCGCAGUCCGAGCGCGGGGUGCUGCGCGCCGCCGCGUGUGGCUGCGCGCCCCCUCCGCCGCGCCGCGCUCCCCCCGCGCCGCGACGCCCCUCCCCUUCUCCGGCGCGCAUGCCCGGCGCGCUGCCCGCGCCCUCCCCGGCGCGGCCGCAGCUGGAGCGCGGCGGGGCGCGGGCAGCCUGCGCUGCCGGCUAUGUUUGGAAACUUGAACGCCAGAUCGCGCCCUCAGCCUCCUCCCCGGCCGCACCGCCGGCCCCCCGCCGCGGCACCGCGGCCAGGGCGCGCAUGCACAGUCGUCGUGGUGGUGUGAUCCCAGUGACAGAAUGACACAGUUUUUGUAAGCCUGUGACUGCAUCAGAAGCUCUUCCACUUUUGAUUUGUUUAAACCAGCCAUGUUUGCCAAGUGUUUAAGGCUGGGGUGGGAAAGAUAGUGCUGUGCAUUGCUCAAGGGUGUAGGAGAGGCCAGGCAGGUGAGUAAUCACUGUGAUCUCAUCUCGCUAAUGCAAAGGGACAUAGGAUUUCCCCGGCGUUGUGAGAACACACGGCUUUUUUUUUUUCUUCUUCUAUUUCCCCCUUUAAAUAGCUAGCUGACAUUUGCAUAACACUGUUAAACAGUCAAAUUACUUAAAACAACCUCGGUUCAUGCAAAUAAGCCAAGAAUUCAUUUCACUGGGAGGAAAACAAAAUAAACCCCCCCGAAGCUUUCCUUCUCCCGCCCGCGAUCCCCGAAGUUGCCCGCUCCCCGCCCGGCCCCGCGGCCACGCCGGUGCCCGCGCUGGCCAGGAAGGGCUCUGCACAGCCCGCUUUUGCUCUCGUUGCAGUCGGCGGCUAUUUUUGCAAACAUCGACAUCGCUGCCCGCGUCCAAAGAAUAACAAACUGUGACUGCGGGGACGCGGUUCGGCCGGGACCCGGCGCGGGCGGCCACCGGCAUCGCGUCACGGGCGCGCGGUGCCCGCGGAGACAGCGCGCAGCGGGGCAGGGCGGGGGGCGGGGGGGAAGCAGCCGCACGCUCGGCGAGCGCGGAACCUCUCCCAGCUGGGCUGUGUUGGAUGGAUUUCUUUCUUUCAGUACCUCUUCCUGAUUCCUUUGUUGCUACAAACGCCGAACCCCCCGUCCAUUGCAGGUUUCCCUCUGUGUUUAAAAGGACACAGUGUUUCUAUGGCGGGGUGCCACGGCUCCCUUACACCGGCACGCUCAGCAGCCAUGCAGCGCCGACGGGGAAAGAUACCUUCCAUUCGAUUAAUAACGUUUUGGAAUUCACAUGACAAAAAUCCCUUCCUUUAAAUAUUUCAUUUCAUAUCACCAAUAUGUGUCAUUUGCAUUUUUAGUUGUCUAAAGCAUUUUAUAUGUGUCUGGUUCUAGUCUAUAAAGCUGGCAAAUGAGUUUGAUUAUAUGUGUGUGGAAUUAUUUUAUAGAGAAGGCUUAAUGAAAUGCUCACAUUGAAGUUACAAAAAUGGUAGGACCAGAUAAAAUACAGUUAGAAAAUUAAUUGUGACAAAGUGACUCUUUUUCAGGGGAAGCUUGUAGAAGCAGUAAGUAGAGAUAGGAAAGUAUUUGAAUUAUGUGAGUCUCCUGUAUGCAAAUUGGCUGAAGAAGAUGCGCUAAAGGGGAGUGGAUUUCACACUUACAAAUUUCACACCUAAACUGUGGACAUUACAAAAGCUCCACAGAAGUAUGGCAGAUGAAAGCUGGUCAAAGUAAAAGUCUUUGCCUCCAGCCACAGUGAUUUGGGGACGGCUGCAGGAUUUCUACAUUAAUAUGUUUUUACUUCACUAAAUAAACAUGUGUUCUUUCUGAUUCA